AGGUGCAGGCUCUGGCUCAAAUACAACGAAUAUCUCUAGUCUUGUUUCUGUUUCCUAGAUUCUUAUCUCAUUCCACCUCCACGAGUGGUCAUUUAUUGCUAAUAUUUUCUGCAGAAGUAGGAACAACCUCAACCUCAAGUACUAGAAAACAAGGCACGCACGUAAUAUUUUACAAGAUGGAGGAGCAAAUUCUGGUAGUUUCGCGCAAUGGGCAGGUGCAGGCCCACGCGCUAAAAGGUGCAACGAGCGGCAGCACUAUCCUCGAACGGUGGUCAUGUCCUUCUGGCGCUGGGGCUAGUCCGGAAACUCUAGCCGUGUCCGGGAAUGGUGGAGUCUUUGCCGUCUCCCAGCACCCUGAGAAGGCCUUGCUGUUUGUUUUCCAGAGCUCGACGAUGAGUAAAACGUUGGCAAUCGAAGAAGAGGAACAAAUGUUGAAUAAAAUGAUGACCACGUCGACAGGGGGAGGAGUAGGAGUUUCCUGUUCUAGCCUUUUCCAGGAUCAAACUGUUGCAACAUCAAAAGCAGGAACGAGUGGGAGUAACAAGAUGGGAGGAUCUGGCACCUUUGGUGCAGCUCCUUUCUAUCGCGCCUCGUUGCCCGAAAAGCUCGGUUGCAUGCUCUUUUCGGCUUGCGGUGAAUACCUUUUCGCAGGGUCUGAAAGCGGCAAAAUCUACGUGUGGCAUGUUCGGACGGGACAGUUGGUGAACUGCUUCCCCCAUGCACACUACCAGGCCGUUGCGACGUUGGCACUGUCCCCAAGUGACGACUUGCUCGUAAGUGGCAGUCAAGAGGGGGGCGUCGCAGUCUGGACAAAUUUGUACCGCAAGAACCAGAGUUCGAGUCAAAGCAACGAACUUCGAAGAUGGACAGGCCACACUCUCGGAGUCACAAAGGUACUUGUUACACGUCUACUUGUUCUACAAAAUGAAAAACGUCACAUCAAACUUGAUUUGAUAUGAUGGAAUAUCAAUAUUCUUUCUGAAGGUUGUUCUUGAGAAAGUAAUCCACAUCCAAAUCUAUGCUAAUACUUGCUAACCCUUUCUUCAUCGUCCCUUGAUGAAGAUUAUUAAAAUUCUAAAAAUUCUAAUUAUUCUUCAAUUCAAUGAAGAGGGUACAUCAGUUGAAUGGGCAGCACUAAGAGCCCUCCUAACGACCUAAAAAAUGCAGGUUCUCUUCUGCGAGGAUGGUGGCAGCGUCGUGUCUGGUUCUCUGGAUCACAGCGUCCGGCAGUGUGAUAUCUUCACCGGUCGCGAACUUCGCAACUUCCAGCUGUUGAGUCCUGUGCAUUCCCUUGCCCUAGGCCCUAGUGGCGAUUUGUAUGCGGGGUUAUCAAGAGGAUGUGUCAAAAAACUGUGUCUAGGUGGUGUAGUUGUGUCAGCACCUCUCUCGUCAUCUACGACGACGUCUACGCGCAGUACUACCCCUUCGUCAGGAGUAGUAGACUUCAUCCUACCAGCUGUUGGAGGAGGGCAGCAUCAAGACAUAGAGGCUGCCACAUCAACUAGUACUGCUGCGACUCAAGCUCAACACCUCGCGAUAACUUCCAUGUCGCUCUCUUACGAUGGAUGUUUCUUAGUAGUGUCUGACGGCGUCGAAGCACGGAUUUAUGAUACAAGAGGAGAGGAGGUUGCCGAGACCGGAGAACGGAAAAUGCUAGGACGAAAUAGCACGCUCCUUAGUCCUGCUGGUGAACUUCAACAUAGAGGAGCAGGUGCAGGAGGCCAGCUAGUGCGAACAAUCAAAGCACCAAGCAGCUCCAGUGCAUCAACCGGUGCACAAGGCGGUAGCUUAUCAGCCCUCUCCGCUUCAUCCACAAAUCUUAUUUCUGCAGUACAUGUCUGUCCCCGACUGAAAAGCACUGGGACAGCCUUAACAAAUAAUAAGUUGAGCAUUCGAAAUAGUGCUGCCUCGACCAGGACAGUUGGAGGAUCAGGAGAAGCUGGGAAUGCCGGUAAACACAAGUCCAUGAAAGUGUUUCAAGCGACGCAUGCACCGACUUUGUGGAGGCCGUUGCAACGUGCAGUGUGCGGGAACGACGUAUCAUCAGACAAGGCUGCCAGCAUGCUGAAGCGCGCUUUGCUGAAUCCGCUACCAGAAUUGGACGACACCGCGAUGGAAGAGUCUUCUACUACGACACGAAAAAGGACAAAAAGAACACAUGUAGAAGUUGGUGGUCUACGAGCAGGAUUACAACAGCAUGUUGUUGAGAGUAGCAGCUCUUGUUCUUCUUUUACCCCUACCUCUACUACGGCUACCAAUACUUCUGCAUGUGCUGGAGUCACACAGAUCAUGCAGCAACAAGUGCAAAUAGAAAUUCCGUCACUUGCUGAUGCGGUGCUUCCAUUUUACGAAAAGGAGAAGGAAGAGAUGCGGGAGAGACUUGAGCAGGCUGAGCAGGAAGCAGCCAGAUGGAAAGCGGUUGCUAAGAGCCUGUACGCUGAAAGAAGUACAAAGUCUCUGGCGGCCAUGCGGUCUGCUGGAGCCUAGAAAACCUGUGGAGCCUAGACUGGAGACCUGCUGACUCACGUCAACUGCAGCUGCAAGUAGAACAGUAGAACAACAGUUCCGCUAGAACAAGAAUUGCAACUUUGAUCUACUAUGUCCCCUAGGUAAACAAAAGAUAUAGAAGACUUCUAAAGAUAAGAAGCAUGCGAUCUCCUAUUACUAGAUUUAAUAGGCGUCGGCUACGCCUCCCGACAUCAAGACGACUUCUUCUAUGCUACCUCCAACUCGUCAUACUACCCCCACGACCCAGCAGUGAUGCUUCAGAAGUAGAUUCUAUCAAUUUGUAUCUCGUUCACGACUUUAUUUCCGCGCUGGUCUUCGGAGGAAAAAAUUACUUGCACUGUCAAUAAGAACAAGAACGAUGCUGUUCGUUUUGAUUUGUGAGAGUGUUCUUAGAGUGAGGUAUAAUUUAC